UGCCCAGCUCCGGCCCGGCCGCGCCCCUGCCGCGCGCAGCACCGACACCGACUCCCCCGUGCGCCCCGAUCGCGCGCAGCGGACACCAUGGCGGGCAUCGCGGCCAAGCUGGCCCGGGACCGGGAGGCGGCCGAGGGGCUGGGCUCGCACGAGAGGGCCGUCAAGUACCUCAACCAGGACUACGAGGCGCUGCGGGACGAGUGCCUGCAGGCCGGGGUGCUCUUCCAGGACCCCUCCUUCCCCGCCGUCCCGGGCGCCCUGGGCUUCAAGGAGCUGGGGCCCCACUCCAGCAAGACGCAGGGCAUCGUGUGGAAGCGGCCCACGGAGAUCUGCGAUGACCCCCAGUUUAUUGUUGGAGGAGCCACCCGCACGGACAUCUGCCAAGGAGCCCUGGGUGACUGCUGGCUGUUGGCAGCCAUCGCCUCCCUCACCUUGAACGAAGAAGUCCUGGCGCGAGUCGUCCCCUUAAACCAGAGCUUCCAGGAAAACUACGCUGGGUGGCGGCAGCACCUCUUCCCCUCCCGUAGGAUCAACGGGUGCUAUGAAGCGCUCUCAGGGGGCGCCACCACCGAGGGCUUCGAAGACUUCACGGGAGGCAUCGCCGAGUGGUACGAGCUGAAGAAGGCCCCGGCCGACCUGUUCAGGAUCAUCCAGAAGGCUCUGCAGAAAGGCUCUCUGCUGGGCUGCUCCAUCGAUCGAGCAUCACCUGGAACCCAGGGGUUGCUAGGCAACAGUCAGUCCCCCCCCCCCGAGGCCACGCCCUCCGCGGGCCACGCCCCUGCAGUAGUGGGGCCCGCAUCCGAGUCCCACCUGGAGAAGCUGAUCCGCAUCCGGAACCCCUGGGGAGAGGUGGAGUGGACCGGGAAGUGGAAUGACAACUGCCCGAACUGGAACACCGUGGACCCAGAGGUGAGGGAAAGGCUGACCAGACGGCAUGAAGACGGAGAAUUCUGGAUGUCUUUCAGCGACUUCCUGAGGCAGUACUCCCGCCUGGAGAUCUGCAACCUGACUCCGGACACGCUCACAGUCGACAGCUACAAGAAGUGGAAGCUCACCAAGAUGGACGGGAACUGGAGGCGGGGCUCCACCGCGGGUGGCUGCCGGAACUACCCGAACACCUUCUGGAUGAACCCGCAGUACCUCAUCAAGCUGGAGGAGGAGGACGAGGACCAGGAGGACGGCGAGCGCGGCUGCACCUUCCUGGUGGGGCUCAUCCAGAAGCACCGGCGGCGGCAGCGCAAGAUGGGCGAGGACAUGCACACCAUCGGCUUCGGCAUCUACGAGGUUCCGGAGGAGUUGGCCGGACAGACCAACAUCCACCUGAGCAAGAAGUUCUUCCUGACGACCCGGGCGAGGGAGCGGUCGGACACCUACAUCAACCUGCGGGAGGUGCUCAACCGCUUCAAGCUGCCGCCGGGCGAGUACGUGGUGGUGCCGUCCACCUUCGAGCCCAACAAGGACGGGGACUUCUGCCUGCGGGUCUUCUCCGAGAAGAAAGCCGACUACCAGGUGGUGGACGACGAGAUCGAGGGUGACCUUGAGGAGCUCAAUGUCAGCGAGGACGACAUCGACGACGGGUUCAGGAGGCUCUUCGCCCAGCUGGCCGGGGAGGAUGCGGAAAUCUCGGCCUUCGAGCUGCAGACCAUCCUGAGAAGAGUUCUCGCCAAGCGCCAAGAUAUCAAGUCGGAUGGCUUCAGCCUGGAGACCUGUAAGAUCAUGGUUGACAUGCUGGAUUCCGACGGCAGCGGCAAGCUGGGCCUGAAGGAGUUCUACGUUCUCUGGACGAAGAUUCAGAAGUACCAAAAAAUUUACCGGGAAAUCGACGUGGACAGGUCUGGCACCAUGAACUCCUAUGAGAUGCGGAAAGCCUUAGAAGAAGCAGGUUUCAAGCUGCCCUGCCAGCUCCACCAGGUCAUCGUGGCUCGCUUCGCCGACGACGACCUCAUCAUCGACUUUGAUAACUUCGUCCGCUGCUUGAUUCGCCUGGAGACGCUGUUCAGGAUAUUUAAGCAGCUGGACCCCGAGAACACGGGAACCAUACAGCUCGACCUGAUCUCUUGGCUCUGUUUCUCAGUACUUUGAAGUUAUACACAAAUUUGCCUGAAGACUCCUCGUGAAAGGAAAUCAGCCACGGACUAAGCUUUCACAGAGAAACUUUUAUCCGGACCUCGAUUAUGGGAACAUUUACUUAAACCGAUGAUUACAGCCGAACAUAACGAUACCAUUUGAGAUAGGAAAAGAUUUGCACAUUAGAUUAAAUGCAAGCGAGUCGCUUAACCCUCGACCGGCUCGAAGAAAGCUCUAAAUCUGUACAUAGGAUACACUUUUUACUUUUACACACGGUCCCUUUAGAGCAAUAUUAAAUCAGGUAAAAAAUAAAAAUAAAAAUGCAGGUGUUUAACAGCUGAGCAAACAUUCAGUCCAUCUCAGAGGAUACAAGAUCCUGCUGGGAAUGCUGAAAGCAACUUCCAGUUCAAAAAUGCAGCUUCGACAUUUACCAAAGAGCAGCUCAGGGCUCACCCGAUCCCUUAAGUAAAAUCGGAAAUACUAGUACGAUGGUCAACAGGGGAUCCUGUCAAGGCCCCUGGAGCCGGUGAGAACGCCCACCGCCGUCGCUGGUUAAACAGGAGGCGGUUUACAGGACACCGAUUGGCAAACAGUAAGUCUGAGAUUCGAGUCCAUGUGUAUCCUACACUGAGCGUUAAAAAUACCGAAGGGAGGCCACGCGUGGCCGCGGACACAACACGGGACCCAGGCGUCCAGCGUGCACACCUGUUGUGAUGAAGACAAAACAAGCUGUUUGCUGCCUGCUCAAGCUCCUGCACUCAGCCACCUCCAGCGCCGCGCAGGGGAGUGGGGGGUCGCGCAGGGAGUGGGGGGUCAGGGCGAGGGAGCCCCGGGAGAGAGAACACAGCUCGUUCCUCGGCUUCCCCGGGGGCUGCGCUAACACUAUGGGAAUGCUGCCUUGUUGCCUUACCUGCCGAAUGUGCUGUUAAAUAAAGAGUCGCCUGGCA